CCAAAAAUUGGGUUAAGCGAAGAGGAAAACCAAAAUAUAGGCGCAUUUCACAAAUCAAAAGAAAAAAUAACACUGUUUGACCUUCAAUCUGGUACCUCACAAUGGGUCGACCCGACGGGUGUGUGUAACCCAUUUUUCUCACCAGACCAUGAUCAAAUCGGGUCGACCGAUAAAUCGACCCGUGGUUGAAAACCUUGAAUUCAAACGGAAAUGGAAAAAGAGGAACGGAAAAAAUGAAAAGAAAUAAAUAACUAAUUCAUUGUCGAGACUCCAAAUGGCUUUUACAAAAAAGAUAGUGAUUAAACUAUGUAAGAAAAGUGAUUAAAAGAAAGUGUGGGGGACGUGGGCAGUGGGGCUGUAAAAGAAGGAAUUUAUAGUUAUCACAUGUUCAAAAAGAAGAAACCGCUAGCAAUUUUAUGCGAAAUCGGUAAGAGGGGAAGUGCCAAAUUAACCCUUCCGAUACAUACGGUUUGAUCAGUAGAAUCUGACGUGGCAAACACUUUUUAUUGACAUUGGCUUAUAUGUUUUUGUAGAUUGAUGGACUUUAUUCCCUAGCAACUCUACUCAGUGGGCCUGGGCCAGGGCCAGGGCCAAAAGCCCACAACAAACAACUCCGCCUUGGCGGUGCAGCCUUUACUUUUGUCGCGUUUACCUCCAAAUCUCAAUUUCCGUUCUCCGUCGGGAAAUCCAAUUCACAUUCCGUCUCUCUCCGCUUCAAAACAAACCAGUCUUCCGCCUUCUGUCUUCCUUUUGAAUGCUUCUCGCUCGCUCGAUCUCCUAGUAAGCUCCUCUGCCCCCCUCUUCUUCUCUCUACACAUCCCGUGUCCUCAGCUUGUUCUUGAAUCUCCAUAGUUGUUAUCAGAUUCUCUCUUUCAAGUUCUGUCGCAAGCGAGAACGGGUGCGUCUCAUUAGAAAUUUAGGGUUCUUGCUGUGUUCUUUGGUUUGCCCCGCGGAAUCGAUGAUUUCAUGAUUUCUGUUUCUGGGUAGUUGCAAUUUCAGAUUUUGUGUUGUAAGAUCUCCCGUUUCUUUUCUGUCUCUGCCGCUAAGAUCAGUUGUCUUCGGUUCUUGAUCGAGCUAGGUUUUCAAUUAGAUUGAUUUCUGACUAUUAGGGGACUGGCUGCAGGUAUCUGAAAGUUUGACGGUGUGUUGAGUAGCACUGCAACGAUGGCGGAUAAGAAAGAGGAGAAAUCUCAGGUGGCGGCAGACCGAAUAAAAGCCGCAGCCUUGAGCGCAGCGAAGGGUCUGAGUCGAGCCCAGGCCGAAAGGGCAGCCACCGCUGCUGCCCGCAACGUGAACGCUUAUGGUCAGAAGGAAGAAGGGCCCAGCAGAUGGCAGGAGAAGAGGGAAGCCAAGAGGCAGAUGUACUUGAUGAGUACAGAGAAGCAAGUUCGAUUGGGUGAGAGGAAAGACAUCAAGUCCUCCAUGACUGCAGCUGGGGGCACAGCGCAAUGCCAGAAGUGUUUCCAAGCCGGGCACUGGACGUUCGAGUGCAAGAACGAGAGGGUUUACAUGGCGCGACCGUCCAGAACCCAGCAGUUGAAGAACCCCAAGUUGAAGAUGAAGGUUUCGAUAUCUUACGAUUUGGAAGACCUGCCUGAAACUAAAGAGGAAGAAGAGAAGGGGAAGGGAAAGGGAAAGGGUAAGAAGGUGGAGAAGAAGAAGAGCAAGAGGAAGCAUAGGUCGGAUUCUGACUCCAGUGAUAGCGAGGCUUCUGUUUUCGAGACUGAUAGUGAGUCCUCAUCGGUUACUGGUUCGGAAUCUUCGUCCGCGGAGAGUAGUUCGGAGGAUUCCAGUUCGUCGUCUGAUUCGGAGGAAGAGAAGAGGCGGAGGAGGAGGAAGAAGAAGCAGAAGAUGAGAUCGAGGCGUAGGAGGUACAGCUCGUCCUCGGAGUCUUCUGAUUCCGACUCGGGUUCGGAGUCGGAUUCUGAGGAGGAUAGGAGCAGCAAACGGAAGAAGAAACCCAGCAGAAAGCGUUGAAGAAAAUGUGCAAGUGCCCGGUGGAGCUUGUGAUGUGAGAUACAGAUUUUAGCUUGUGCUGUUACUCUCCUUGAAAUAAGUUUGUAGACUAGUCCUCUCUUCAUUUGAAUGUUGUUAACCUUUCGGUGUUCUGUAUGAAUCCACAUUAGCUGUUUGAACUUUUGAAUCUGAUAUUGUUGUUCUGGUCUGUUCUGUUCUGUUCUGUUCCUUUGCUAGUGUUUGUGAAUUUGGAGGCACCAGUCAGUUUGGUGAAAGCUUAUGAGCUUCUCGCCUUUUGAUCUUCUUCCAUUUAUCCCACACUUUCCUGUAUCUGUUACUGCUAUUUAUUUAUAGUCUCAUCAAUGUUUGUAUUCAGAAAUUUUUUGAGCAGAACCUCCUGGUUUCGUGUAGUAAAUCUUUUGAGCAGUAUCUGCUGCUGCUGCUGCUUGACCAGAACCUCCUGGUUUCGUGAAGUAGACUUGCAGAAGUUCAGCAAAGGGAGUUUACCAUUCCAUUAGGUUUUUUGGGCCCGUUCUGAUGUUUGUGCUGAUGAAUUGGACCUGUUAUUGUGGGCCCGAAUUUGGAAGCGCAGCGAUGGUAAAAGAAACUUGUCGACUGUGUUAGUGUUAGCGUAGUCAGUACUCUACUCUCACAUUACAGAUUACUCCCAGUCCCACUCGACGGAGGCGAAGAACCUCUCCCGUCCCGCCAAAACGCUCGCUUCUCUUCUCUUCGUGUCUCUGCAACUCCAGAAGGUCUGCAAAGAUGAGUACCAUGAAAUUCUGCCGCGAGUGGUAAGAUCUUGGACCUCUCCUUCGUUUCGCUUCUCCCUCUUCUCUCUUGGCUUCUUCAUUCUCGCUAGCAGAAACCGUGGUUGAGUUUUUUUUUUCCUUCGUCUCUGUAAUUUGUUUACGCAGCAACAACAUUCUUUACCCGAAGGAGGACAGGGAGCAGAAGAUGCUCCUCUACGCUUGCCGGAACUGCGACCACCAGGUACGGACUCCACGAUCCUCCUUCGUCUCUCGUUUUCGCGCCUAUUUAUGUUCCGCCCGCGCCCAGUGUGGAAAGAUUAGGGUUUACGGCUGUUCGAUUUAGAGGUAAAUGUGUUGCUUGAGAGGUGUUUCAGAUGUGAUAAUGCUGGUGAAAUUUGGUUGAAAGAAACAGCGGAGAGUAUGUUGGCCGUGUGCUGCGUUAGAAUGCUGAAGGAGUUGCUCCUACAUUUUGUUCUAGGUUGAAAAGAGAAUAGGAGAUGUGCGGUUGUGGUUUUUGUUGCAUUUCUACUGUUAAAAUUUGGCUCAAGAACCCUAAUUGCUUGGCCUGUCUAUUUAGCUACGAUUUUUCUGAGCUCUGUUACGUUGUGAGCAUGAAGGAAAUCUAUGUGAGCUUUCAUUAUGAAAGCAAGAGCAGAUGUUGGCUAUGUACUUCGUGAAAGCGGUGCAGAAGUUUCUCCUUAACUGUUUUCUAAUCUGAAUGCGGAAGAGUUGUUUGUUUCAACUUGCUUUUGAAUUCUCUUUCCUGUUUUAACUUCCUUUGCUAUCAGUUUACCUUUAAUUGUUCCAUAGCCAUCACUCUCACAGACUGUCAUAUGGACAAGGUAUAACACUUCAGCCAUUACUGCAUGUAACCAGAGGAUGCUUCCUUGGAAAUUGGCAUAUUUUGUAGUUUCUUGUUUAUCCCUUUAGAAUGAUGUUAGCUGCUUUGGUAUUAUUACAAUCUCACUGUGUAUGAGAAAUUUGGAUGUGUUUACUCAGAUAAAUGUUAUGCUUUGAACAUGUUGCAGGAAGUUGCUGAGAACUACUGCGUGUAUAGAAAUGAGGUGCAUCACUCUGCAGCAGAACGGACCCAGGUAUUGCAAGAUGUAGCUGCUGAUCCUACUCUUCCUCGCACUAAAGAUGUUCAAUGUGCUGAGUGUAAGCAUCAUGAAGCUGUGUUUUUCCAGGUUAGUUUUUUUAUCUUGACUAUGGUUCCAUGAAUUUGUUCAGAAACCAUAACGGUUUAGUUGCUUUCUUGUAGUUUCCUUUUCUCUAUCGUUGUUCCUAUGGAUGUGUCUAAAAUAUUAACUGACUGGUGUGCUUAAGAGUGCCUUAAGUCUUUACAUGUCUACACAGGCAUUAAAGAACAAGGAAAAUCUGUUAUUACGUUAAAGUUGACUUGCGAGUUGCGUCUGUGCAACUUGCAAUCCAAUAUGUAAAAUGAUUGCUUCAUGAACACCAUAUUCUCUAUUGGAAAUCACGUAACUGAGCUGAAUUACUGCGUACCGACUUCAACACAUUAGACACGUCGGCCAUGUGUUAUCCAUCCAAGUGAAUUGGGAUGAUUAUGUUUCCAAAUUAAAAAAGAGGUGGGAG